GGUUUGCCGAUUGCGGAGGAUGUGCGAUAUCCUCAUGGAACACAGGCGAUGCUUCACUGUCCGCCAGACCAUUACCUCGAAGUAAAGGGAAAUUACUGGAAAAUGUGCGUGAACGGCGUAUGGAAUGGAUCGCUUGGAGAGUGCAAGCCUCUUGCGUAG